UUGGUACUUUGAUGCCGAAGCCAACGCUACAGGAAUUUUAUUGAACUUUAUUCAAAAAUAAAGUUUUAAAGACCGAAAAAUUAAAGAAAGAGUUCUGCAAAUUUAAUACGACUUAAAAAAUGGCGGAAGAUUUUGAUGUUGAGGCAAUGUUAGAAGCUCCAUAUAAUAAAUCGGAUAACACUUCCUCAUCAAAGCAUCGAUCGGACAAGCACUCAGAUAAGCACAAAGAAAGGGAUAAAGAUGGUUCAAGAAGGCGUAGUCGAUCGAGAGAUAAAAGAAGAUCAAGGGAUAAAGAUUCACGUCGUUCAAGAGAUCGAGACGAUAAAAAAGACAGAGAAAGAGGCAGAGACAGAGAUCGUCGAGAUCGCGACAAAGAUCGGGUUAAAGAUAAAGACCGCGAGAGAGAAAGAGAACGAGAUAAAGAAAAACGUCGUAGCCGCGACAAGGACCGAAGUCGGGAAAGAGAUCGCAGUCGCGAUAAAAACGUUCAUAAAAAAGAAAAAACUCCUGAAAGAGAACCACAAAAAGAAUAUAGGUCAAAGUCGAGGGGGCUAGACCCGAAACUUGAAGAUCUACCUCCAGAAGAAAGAGAUCUAAGAACUGUAUUUUGCAUGCAAUUGUCGCAAAGAAUCCGAGCUAAAGAUUUAGAAGAAUUUUUCUCAUCAGUUGGCAAGGUUCGAGACGUAAGACUUAUUACUUGCAAUAAAACAAGAAGAUUCAAAGGUAUUGCAUAUAUUGAAUUCAAAGAUGCUGAAUCAGUGCCUUUGGCUCUUGGCUUAACAGGACAAAAGUUACUUGGAGUUCCUAUAAUUGUACAGCACACGCAAGCCGAAAAAAAUAGGGUUGGCAAUACAUUGCCGAAUUUAGCACCAAAGACCAGUAAUGGACCUACUAGACUCUAUGUUGGGUCUUUACAUUUUAAUAUUACAGAGGAUAUGCUACGUGGCAUUUUUGAACCAUUCGGAAAAAUUGAUCACAUUCAACUAAUGACUGAUCCAGAAACUGGUAAAAGUAAAGGAUAUGGAUUUCUCACUUUUCACCAUGCCAGUGAUGCUAAGAAGGCUAUGGAACAGUUAAAUGGUUUUGAGUUAGCAGGGCGGCCUAUGAAAGUUGGAAAUGUCACAGAACGUGCAGAUGGAGGAUCAAGCACGCGGUUUGAUGCUGAUGAGUUAGAUCGAGCUGGAAUUGACCUUGGUGCCACGGGCCGUUUACAAUUAAUGUUUAAAUUAGCAGAGGGAACAGGCUUACAAAUACCUCCUGCAGCAGCAUCAGUACUAAUGGGGAGUGGUUCAGCUUUAGUGUCUCCGCAACCUCAAGUUGCACCUCCUAUUGCAACACAAUGCUUCAUGCUCAAUAACAUGUUUGAUCCAGCAACGGAAACAAAUCCAAGUUGGGAUAUUGAAAUAAGGGAUGAUGUUAUCAGUGAAUGCAACAAACACGGUGGAGUGUUGCAUGUGUAUGUUGAUAAAGCAUCGCCUCAGGGAAAUGUGUACUGCAAGUGUCCGACAAUAGCGACGGCCGUUGCCUCCGUGAACAGUUUGCACGGAAGAUGGUUUGCGGGUCGUGUUAUUACGGCGGCAUAUGUGCCGCUCGUCAAUUAUCAUUCUUUAUUCCCGGACGCGAUGACUGCACUCAGCUUACUAUUGCCUUCGAGGCAGCGAUAGCUCGACCAGACAAAUUCUAUUUGUAAAAUAAGUAUGUAUUUGAAUAAGGAGGGACUUUUGUUUGUUAUUUUACAUUAGAUAGUUAAUCAUUUCUAAUUAACGUCCUAAAAUUAGCAAUAAAUUUCAUAAGCAUGGUAAAAAA